AUGUUGCGAGUUGACAUUGUCAAUUCCUUCAGUCCAGUCAUUGACAACUUGGAUCUGCUGGAUGACACAGGAAUGUCGCUCUUGGAAACCAUGUUCCAAUUGGGUCAAGAUUUUAUGCUUAUUGAGAUGAUUGCUAAUCUGAGAGUGGAGGAUAUGUUCCAAGAGUUUAUAUUUGAGGUUAGGGAGACAAGGAAAAGAAAGUUCAAUCUGAACAGUGUUCCUCUCUCCACACAGUGGGGUCAACAGGGUUACUUCUACCCCAUCCAGAUAGCUCAGUAUGGUCUCAGUCAUUACAGUAAGAAUUUAACAGAGCCCCCUCCUAGGGUCACGACCUACGAGAAUGGCGAGGGUCACGACCUCUCCGCCUGGUCAAAUCCCGACCCAAACAGCGAACUUAAGACAGUAAAGAGUAAGGAGUUGGAUUCCAACGUUCUGGAGUUUAAAACAACAGGUGAUAUUAGUCCGUCUUCCAGCAGUGCUUGGUCCCAUUCAAUAGAAACCAAGUCAGACUUUGUCAUUGCAUUUGAUCUUAAGUUACUUGGCAACGCAUCCAUAACCAUCGUCGCCGAGUGCGAAGAACAAGGCCGCAUCAUCAGCCUCGUCUACACCACAGACGACGACGGCUUCGUGAUCGGGAACAAAAAGGUGACGUACGGUCUCGGACCCGUGGCCCAGUGGCGCAAGAUCACGAGAGCCUUGCAAGUGGACUACAGGAAAGCGAUGGCGUCGUUAAGUACUAAAAAAUAUAAAUUAACUCGCAGGUAUAUCCUUCAGAGAUUGAUAAGGAUAGAGCUCAGAGGGCACGGUUUCAUUGACAAUAUCGAGAUCGGAACCUCGCUUCAUAUGUAUCAUUUUUACGAUGCUGCUGAUUGGUUGGUUAACCACCAGGACGAGAGGGGCGGAUGGCCGAUAAUGGUGGAAAGGAUGUUGGACGAUAAGAUGUCAUUAUCACCGGGCUGGUACUCAUCCAUGGCACAGGGACAAGCAAUGUCAGUCCUGGUCAGGGCAUACUUAAAAUCUAGGAGGAGGAAAUAUAUCAAGUCGGCGCUUCACGCAGCCCGCCUUUUUCAAAUACCGUCCGCCCAAGGAGGUGUUCUUGCCAAAUUCAUGGACAAGUAUACGUGGUACGAAGAGUACCCGACCUCGCCAGGGUCGUUCGUGUUGAACGGUUUUAUUUACAGUAUGAUCGGUUUGUAUGACACACUUAGCGUUGCAGACGUGGAGGAGGGCCGGGAGAGCCGGCGAUUGUACGAUGAUGGGAUGGUCUCGUUGAAAGCCAUGCUGCCGCUGUUCGACGUCGGCUCGGGGACGAUAUAUGACCUGCGACAUCUGGCGCUCGGGAAAGCGCCAAAUAUUGCGAGAUGGGAUUAUCAUGCGACGCACAUCAGUCAGCUUCAGUUGCUAGCUUCAAUAGACCCGGAUCCUAUCUUCAAAGAAACAGUAGCUAGGUGGAUUGGGUACACCAAGGGUAAAAGAGCAAGACAUAACUGAUAGCCCUUUUUAUAAAAUGGCGUUCUUAAACUUUGGGUGUGUUCAUGCUUCCAUUUCGAGGACAAAAUCAGCAUUUUCAAAUGCUGUUUCAGAACGCCGAUCGCAAACGUUCUGGGAGUACGGUUUAUGCUUCCCCAAAAACCCAGAUUCUGGAGAAACAAUGUUUUGAAACACACCUUUAGUAAGUUUACGAUCAGCAUUCUGAAGCGUCCUUUAAAUGAAAAUUAGCAUGGAGGCAACUUUGUUUUGGACUAAUCAAUUAUGAAAAUGCUGAUUUUGACCUGAAAAUUGGAAGCAUAAACAUGCCCCCCUUGAUAUAUUUUCCAAAGAAAUUUGUUAUCUUCUGUUCUGUAAACAGAAAUUGAAUAUCUAACUCCCUGCAGUACUGUUAUGUAUGUCCAAAUUUGAGACAGAAAACACAAAAUUGAACAGUAUUAAUAGUAAUCUGAAUGUACUAUGCUCUAUUGUCACUAAUGUGAACAGUGUUUUGUGUUUAUUAAUUUAUUUUCAACCAACUUGUCAAAUUUGACUCAAAUGACAGGCUGGUAAAGUUAUUAUAUUGUCAUUAAUGUACAGAACUUUUACAUUUUAACUAAUUUGACUUUGCAUUUCAUUUUUUAAACGUGUAAAAUAUUUUUAUGGUUUCGUUUAUGAUUAAUACUGCAUUUUCAUUUAUGCACUUGUUGAUAAUUUACUACUUUACUCCAUGCACAAAUAUCAAAUACAGGGAAAAUGCUACCCUCAUUUAGACUUUCUAAAAAUUAAUUUUCUUUUCUGCCAGAAUUGGUCACUUUGAUCACAUUGAAAUCAGAUUCCCUGUUCUAUGAAUUUGAUUGUUUGUACUGUUGGAUAAUUUCAUUUACAAACGUUUUAUUGUCUUUUAGCUGUUUCUCUUCAGCUUUAUUGAAAACUUGUUUAGAAGUACUAUGCAAAUUUUGAUUUUUCAAGAAGAAAAUGGUUUCUUCUUGAUAAUAAUAAUAAUAAUAGUACAGUUCUUAAAUACGCAUAACACCUACAGGUCUCUAUGCGCGAGGAAAGCGAGAAAUGUGGUGAGAAUUGUAAAUUUAAAAAUUAGACAUCAAAUAAUUAUACAUAAGAUCAAAGAAUAUUAAACAUGGAUUGGACCUACAUGUGACUAAGUUAAACAUUCUGAAAGAGGUGGGUUUUUAAUUGUACUUUGAAUUUCUCAAGCUGGGUAAUAUUUGUUAAUGUCGGUGGUAGAGAAUUCCAUUGUGCUGGUGCAGCUUUUUGGAAAGCCCGAUCCCCAUAUGAUUUGGUCUUGACAGUAAUUUCAGAGAGAAGAUUUUGCGAGCCAGAACGGAAAUUACGCUUGGGUUUAUGAAUUUGGACAAGUUCUUGAAGAUAAGCAGGGGCAAUACCAUGAAUACAUUUGAAUGUUAAUAUGAGAAGUUUAUAUUUGAUCCUUGAUUAUCCUCUCUUUGUAUUGAAUCCUUUAUUCAAUCCGUCUGGAUAAAAUCAAUACUGUAUUCCUGGGCCCCGUCUUACAAAGAGUUACGAUUGAUCCAAUUAACCGUAACUCUAUGGAAAUCCAUCAGUGUCAUAUUUUUUUCUACAGGGAAUUUGCAAAAUGUCCUUAUUAAACAAAGGAGAACACACCAAAUUGUCAAGAAAUCAAUGAAUUUAUGGAUAUACAUUCAUAUCUAGAAUUUUUUUGAACAAACAUGCAUUUUAAAUGUUGACUUUGCUGGCUUUUCGAUUUCGAUUGAUCGGAUCAAUCGCAGAACUCGCAAUCUGCUUGUGUUCUGAAAAAUGUCGUACAAAGCAGCACAUUCUUGGAUUUGCGAAUACUGAACCAAAAGUUAAAAAUUUGAACAAUCCAAGUUAAUUUUGUGAAUAUCCUAGCUUAUCAAUGAUCUGCUUUUUUUCUAUCCUUUUUGCAAUGUACAAUGUGACAUAUAUCAACUUCAAUCAAGUUAUUGCCAAAUAAUAUUAAAAUUUGAAUUAACAGCUGAAUUAAUUAUGAGUAUUAAGAUAAUGACGAUGCCCCUUACAAUGCUGCUCUCAGGAGAUUUUUAUUGAUGCUAGUAAUUUUUCUGAGCUGUACUUGAUUAUCAUAGUAUUGUAUUUCAAGUGUUGUUUUAAAUGGCCAAUUUCAUCCUUACAAUCACUGAUUACAAUUAUGGUUUAGUUUCAUCAAGCAAUUUCUUUUUGACGUGAAAAGACAAAUGUCUUCUCUUGCAAAAUGCAAACAUUCUUGCAAGAUCCUGCAGAAAAACAUACGGAGCACUUCAUGGUGCAAAAGUGAUUUUCAUCGGCAACUGUUUUAAGCUACUGAAAUCCUUGCAUCAGAUUGGCUCAGAGCAAAUUAGUCAGUGGUCAUCAGUCACAACAAGAUGCUUCAUGACAUAUACUCUAGGUUUGCUAAAAGCAAUCUCUGGCCUGCUUCCGUAUUGGACGUGCAUUGUUGUGAACCACUCCAUGUUGACCUUUACAUCCUGGGUCAAAGUUCACCGACCUUUGAUUGCAUAGUGGGUGGGCUUGAAAUCGGGAAGAAUCAAUGUUGGCGAGAAAUCGCUUGGAAUGGUUAUCAUCUUGUGUAGCAUUUUCGUUUGUGAUUAUAACUUUGGAAGGAAAAUCACAUUUGAUUGCGUAGUUGGUGGGCUUGAAAUCGGAAAGAAAUCAAUGUUGGUGAAAAAAAAUCACUUGAACGCUAUCCAUUGGUCAUCACGUUUUGUGUAGGAGUUUCCAUUUGUGAGUAUAACAUUAAAAAAUCACUUAAACUCAUCUCAGGUGUCCGGCAGGUACUGACACUCGAUCUUGGGGCUCUGCAAGACAUUACAAAAACAUAGAGGACAUGCGAUUUCACUCCGAUGAGUGCAUGAUGAAAAGCUUCAGUAUGUCCUUUUUAAAUGUUUUUUUUUUCAGAAAUAUAAAUUUGUAAUAGUAAGAAUAAAUCAGAAUACAUUAAUGUACAUUGAUGGGCUAGCACCAUUUGUCAUUAUGUCCUUCCUUUAUAUGUUAUGUACAUAUAUAGGUUUUAUUUCCUAUGUCCUCAAGACUGAAUUAUUGUUUGGUGCUUGUACUAUGUCCCCAUUCACCUUGGUUUUAUUAUUAUGAAAAGUUUGAUCUCUAUACCAUCUUGUACUGCCUAUUAGAAGGCCUAAAUCAGUACUGCCCAUUGUUAAGUAGUAUUUUUAAUUUUUGGAAUAUGUUUGGAAUAAAGUAAAGAAUAAACUAUUUCAUCUGAAAUAAUUGCUGAUUCAAAACUAUCAUGUAUGAUAUAAACCUUCAAUUUCUUGUGCAUUGGAGAUGUAUUUUAAUCUCUCAGAGUUAGCUCAUUGGAGCAUUUCAUGAAUGUAUAUGCCUAUCUUAUAUCAUACUUUGUGAUAUGUCACUUUUUUUUUACAAACCACUUAUCUGUCGACUGUGAUCUUGUAAGGUACCUUGUAAAAAUGU